AUGGCUACCCCUAUUCGCACUACAGUUCUUAUCUCCGGCAAUGGUUCCAACCUGCAAGCAGUAAUCGAUCAAGUCGCAGCCGGUACACUUAAUGCAAAUAUCAUCCGCGUCCUCUCCAACCGCAAAGAUGCCUUCGGUCUCGAGCGUGCCCGGAAAGCGGGCAUUCCUACUGAGUACCACAAUCUUGUCAAGUACAAGAAGCACCACGCUGCCACUCCCGAGGGUGUCCAGGCCGCUCGCGAGGAGUACGAUGCCGAGCUGGCACGUUUGAUCCUCGCUGAUCAGCCUGAGCUGGUUGUAUGUCUUGGGUUCAUGCACAUUCUUUCGCCGCAGUUCUUGAGGCCGCUUGAGGUGGCCAAUGUCCGCAUCAUCAAUUUGCAUCCAGCGCUCCCGGGCGCUUUUAAUGGUGUGAAUGCUAUUGAACGUGCUCAUGCUGCAUGGAUGGAAGGUAAGAUCGACAAGACAGGUGUCAUGAUUCACGACGUCAUUUCCGAGGUGGACAUGGGCCAGCCCAUUCUAGUUCAGGAGAUCCCCUUCCGAAAGGGCCAGGAUGAGGACCUGGAGGCAUUUGGGAAGCGCGUCCACGAAACGGAAUGGGUGACCGUCAUUGAGGGAGUGGGCAUGGUGCUGAAGGAGCUGGCGGCCCGCAAAUCAGCCUAA